AUGUUUGGAGUUGAGGAGUAUCAUCCAAGAUUUACAAACAUGAAUAUCACUCUGGAUUGCGAUUUCUCAAGCAAUCCCUUCUCUCUCAUCAAGAAAGACGAAGAUAUCCAGCUUGAAAUUUUCGAAGCCAAUAUACUCCCAAUGAUCAAAUCAGCAAUUCGAGACGACAAAAAGUCUAUGUUUGCUAGCAUAUUAGAUGCUUCACAUCAAAUAUUCGAAAAAUUCUAUGAUUUGGGGGAGCACCUUAUGAGAACCGAAAUAUUUUCCGUAAUCAUCUCCACAAUUCAGACAGGAUCUCAGCGUAAGGUAUUGGAUAUAACCCAGCUCGCCGAAGAAAUUUGUGCCUCGAUUCCUUCAGACUAUCGUGAUGACUUUACAACAGAAAUCAUAGAAAAGUAUUAUAGUUCUCAAGAUCCAAAGCUUAGAUAUCUUACAACUCGUCUUAUCCCUAUAGUUUGUGACUCUCAGAACAUUUUUCCUUACAUAUCCGCGUUGGCCAAUGACGACCACCCAAAUAUUCGUGCUGCUGCUAUUCUUAGCAUAUCAUUUAUCAACUGCCAAGACUCCUCUCUUGAUAAGUUACUCGUUGAUGCUUCAGAAGACACCGAAAUUUGCGUACAACAAUCUGUUGCCUCAAUUAUCGGUUCCGUGGCGCCACAUCUCGUUAACGUUUACAAAAAGUUUUUAGUUAACCAGAAUACUGUACGCGACGCUUUUCCAAGCUUUCCAAAUGUUGUCAAGGCAAAUAAUUUUGGCCAACUUUACGACGCAUUUGUUGAAGCAAUGAAGAUUGAUAAGAACGAUGCAGCCCUCGCACUCCUUGAAACCGUUAAAACAGCCGACAUUGACAGCGAAGAAUACCUAUAUAUCAAAGCUGCCAGUGAACUCAUGACAUUUUCUCCAUUCGCUUGGAGAAUCCACUCAUUCUCAGAAAGGUUCCAGAACAAAACAGAUUUUCUUGAACUUUUAGACCCAUCAAGAAUUUCCGACUGGAGAACAAGAUUUGCCAUUCUCAAGCAAUGCGAGGAAUUCGUUCCUGAGCUUGGCUCAUCACUCUGCCGCAUUGCCGAGAUAUUCUCUGAAGAUUCAACCGGAUAUAUCAGAGGUGAAUCUGUCAACCUCUGGAUUGCCUUGUUGAAGCAGUCAAAGAACAUCAAGGCUACAAUGGUUGAAAGACUUACACGCGGCUCAUGGCAGAAGAGGAUGGUUCUCUCAAAGAUUAUUGUAUCUAUCGGAAAAAGUGGAUUCGAAGAUGUUGUUGAGUUACUUAAAAACGAUGACAUCGAGAUUAUCCGUCGUUUCAUCCAAGACAAUAUAAUAUAA